GGAUCCCGUCGGUUUGUUAACAUGAGGUGCACUUGUUUUGAAAUUUGUUUCGUCACUGUGGCGGCAGACGCCCCGCCUCCGGCCUGUAGCCCUCUCCCGAUUGGCCCCUGUCCCCGUCCGUCUCGAGGAAAUUGAAACAGGCACGAGUUAGCCCGUAAGCCUGCGCUCCAGAAGCAGCAGUGUAGUCCACGUAGUGGGAACGAAGGGGUCCUGAUGCGCAAGUCACGGCAACCCUCGGCGGAGAUGAAGGCGGACUCCGACUGGCUCUGAUUUUUAAAAGUAUUUUUCAUUCAGCAGGUUGCUUGCCGACGGUUGUCAUUAUGACAGCCCCGUUAUCCCCAGAACCCUCCGCUGCAAAAAUGGCGUCAGUAAACCGGGUCCGUGCGUUGACGUUAAUUUUCUUGACUGUCACUGGCUGUUUGGUCACCCCCACAAGUGGCAAGGAAGGGUCCGAGGACACCGUUAUUACUGGCCUCCGACUGGAGGACACGGACGACAUUUCCUUCAUGGAUAAGGGCUUCUUGCGGGUGAGUGAGCGCUCUCGGGUCAAAUUAAGAGUGUACGGGCAGAACAUCAACAACGAGACCUGGUCCAAAAUUGCUUUCACGGAGCACGAGAGGAGCCGCGCGGUGGGGAGCCUUGACGCUUCCUCCUCGGGGGACAACAACAGCCGAGAGGACUCGUCCGGCUUGCAUCCCUGCGGCAUUAGGACUUCAGAUAUCAUCAUUUUGCCAAACAUUAUUGUCAACAGAAAGACGUCCGGAAUAGUUGAGAUUGAGGUGAAACCUCUACGGAAGACGGAGAGGAGCAAAUCCUAUUACCUCUGCAUCGCCACCUCCACACCUGCCGUGGCCGGUACGCACGACCCGUGGACGGAGAAUACCUGGAUCUACCACGACGGUGACGACACCAGGGUGAUCGUAGUGGAGGAAAAAAAGUUUUUGCUGCCUUUCUGGCUCCAGGUCAUCUUCAUCUCUAUGCUGCUAUGUCUGUCUGGAAUGUUCAGCGGCUUGAACCUGGGGCUCAUGGCUCUGGACCCCAUGGAGCUGCAGAUAGUCCAGAAUUGUGGCACAGAAAGGGAGAAGAACUACGCCAAAAAGAUCGAGCCAGUCAGGAGCCAAGGGAAUUACUUACUUUGCUCGCUUCUGCUGGGGAACGUGCUGGUGAACACCACGCUGACCAUUCUGCUGGAUGAUAUUGCUGGCUCAGGCUUGAUCGCUGUGGUCAUGUCCACCAUUGGAAUAGUCAUCUUUGGGGAGAUUGUGCCCCAGGCCAUCUGCUCCAGACACGGCCUGGCUGUGGGUGCAAACACCAUUUUCUUGACAAAGUUCUUCAUGCUGCUCACCUUCCCUGCUUCCUACCCGGUGAGCAAGCUGCUGGACUACCUGCUCGGGCAGGAGAUCGGAACCGUGUACAACCGGGAGAAACUUCUGGAGAUGCUGCGCGUCACAGAUCCUUACAACGAUCUCGUCAAGGAGGAGCUCAACAUCAUCCAGGGCGCGCUGGAGCUGAGGACUAAGACCGUGGAGGUCGUGAUGACACCUCUUCGGGAUUGCUUCAUGAUCCCCGGCGAUGCCACCCUGGACUUCAACACCAUGUCUGAAAUCAUGAAGAGCGGAUACACGCGCAUACCGGUCUUCGAGGGCGAGAGGUCCAACAUAGUCGACCUUCUCUUCGUCAAGGACCUGGCUUUUGUGGACCCGGACGACUGCACGCCGCUAAAAACCAUCACCAAGUUUUACAGCCACCCGUUGCACUUUGUCUUUAACGACACCAAGCUGGACGCCAUGCUGGAAGAGUUUAAGAAAGGAAAAUCCCAUCUGGCCAUAGUUCAGAGGGUCAACAAUGAGGGUGAGGGAGACCCUUUCUACGAAGUUCUGGGUAUUGUCACCCUGGAGGACAUUAUCGAGGAAAUCAUCAAGUCAGAGAUCCUGGACGAGACAGACUUGUACACGGACAACAAGACGAAGAAGAAAAUCACCCAUCGAGAAAGGAAGCAGGAUUUCUCGGCCUUCAAGCCUACCGACAAUGAAAUGAAGGUUAAAAUAUCACCUCAGCUUCUGCUGGCUACCCUGCGUUUCCUAGCAACAGAAGUCGACCUGUUCGCACCACCGCAAAUGUCUGAAAAGAUUCUGCUGCGUUUGCUGAAGCAUCCCAAUGUCAUCCAGGAGCUGAAAUAUGACGAGAAGAACAAGCGGGCGUGUGAGCACUACCUCUUCCACAGGAACAGGCCUGUGGACUAUUUCAUCCUCAUUCUGCAGGGCAAAGUUGAAGUGGAGGCAGGAAAAGAGGGGAUGAAGUUUGAAGCGGGACCUUUUUCCUUCUAUGGAAUGAUGGCCCUGACCGUCUCGCCAGUCCCGCUGUCUCUUUCUCGAACCUUUGUCAACAGGGCCGAUUCGUUAGCCGGAUCACCAGAGAGCAAAUCGCCACCGCGGCCGUUUGGACUGAAUCAUUCAGACUCUCUGAACAGGAGCGAUCGAAUAGACGCCAUCACCCCAACGCUGGGCAGCAGCAACAAUCAACUCAACUCCUUCCUGCAGAUCUACGUCCCCGACUACUCUGUCCGAGCGUGCUCAGACCUGCAUUACAUAAAGGUAACACGGCAGCAGUACCAGAACGCAGUGAUGGCGUCGCGUAUGGACAAGACGCCGCAGUCCACAGACAGCGAGUUCACGAAGAUCGAGCUCACGCUGAGCGAGCUCCGUGACGGCGUGGAGACCUCCGGCGUGGUCACCAGCAUAGCCAGCACCACCGCACCCGCCCCGGCCGUGACUGUGUCCUUGGCAAACGAGACGUCCCACCUGCUCAACCAGCAGCACAACUGCGUGGGCGUGAGCAGGAGCAAUCACAGCGCUCACAAGGAGGGGCCCAUCUAGCCCCUGCCAAGCCCGGUGGAGACCCCAGAGGUGAAGCGGUGUAGCUAGAGGCGAGGGAACGUGGGGGUGCCCUCAGAUGCUGCCCCCCACUCAGUCUGUUAGUGAGGCCCUCUAAAGGGGCGGGAAGUGGGGUGAGGUGGGUGAAACACCCCCCGCCCGUCAGAAGCCCUGCUCUGCUACACCCUCGUACAGACGGUGCUGUGACUGAGCUUCCUUUUGGGACAAUCUGACACUUUCAUAGCGGAAACUUAGACCAGAGGACAGAGUUACAGUGUGCAUGCAAGCUUCCCUCCCGUACCCCCCCUUCCACACACACACACACACCACUCAGGCCAAAGACCUUGGUCCCCCCCUCCUUUGUUUGUUACACUGGACACACACUGCUGUUUGUUUGCACACAAACGAACGAAUCCCACCUUUUGCAUCUUUCAGGGAAACUCAGAGGAGCCCAUCAUCUGCAUGGACUCACGGAGCAACGGUUUGGCAAAGACUGCACCAAAAACCGCUUUGAGAGAAACCAUUACAUCACAAACCAAGAAUGUUUUCCUGUAUUUAUUUAUUUUAUAAUAUUGUAUGUAUGUAUGUAUGUGUAUAUAUAUAUAUAUAUGUAUAUGUGUAUAUAUAUAUAUAUGUGUAUAUAUAUACAUAUGUAUGUAUACACAUACAUGGUGUGAUGUUCAGUGGCAUGUAAGCAUGCUCUUAAACGUCACAUCAGAGAGAAUAUGCUACAUAUGUGGAGCUAAACGUCCAUUCAUGUAUAUGAGGGGGUUUUACACAUACAGUAUGUACAUUACAGAUGGUCUUAUUUUUACUAUUGUAUAUUCUAAAUUGGGCAUUUUCACCCUUAAAAAAAAUCACACUAUUGCCUUUUAAGAGAAAAAUCAUAACAGUAAUUAUUUUAACAAAGUGCAAUGAAGAGAACUUUAUUUAAGAGCUGAUUAUUAAUGAGUGUAUUGUAAAUUGACAGAUAUGUUUGUAUGUAUGCUGCGUAUGUAUUUGUAUGUCUGGACCAGACUAAAGCCAACAUCCACAUGCAAAAUGUACCUUCCUCUCUAAUUGGAGGCCCCCCAUGGUUAUCAGCUGGACGCUGACAUGUCACCGCCCCCACACCCCGCCCCCACAUUGUGGUGUGUCUUAAAGUUUUUGUCCUUUAAUCAAACUUGACUUGCACAGUAUUAAUGACCUCAUCUAACAUGUUGAGCAUCGUCAACGCCACAAGAAGAAACCUCAACAUCCACCGGUGACACGCGACCUUCCUUUUCUAGUCUCCUCUCGUCCGUCUCCCCGUCACACGUUACCCCCACGCCCCACCCCGGCAGCGCUCCAGCCCACGGAGGCUUUGUGUUUGACAGCAGUGAAUGUGAACGUGCACAUCAUAAUCCAUGUUUAAUAAUUCUUUAGUUACGUCAAGGCUGCCGUGUCACAACUGUUGUGGCUGCUCAUUAAAAG